CAAAUAAUAAAACAAAGAUCGAAUUUGGACAAUCGAUUGUACAAUUCGUAUUCAAUAAUCUUUGUGUUUGUGAUUAAAUACAGAAAGUGUAAUCACAUUGAGAGCACUUGCCUCAAUAAUUAUGGAUAAACUCAGUAAGCCACAAAUAAUCAGUCACAUUGAAAAAUCAGUGGAUUAUACAAUAUUUGACGCCAAAUGGAUACCAUGCAGUGCAAAAUUUGUUAUUAUGGGUACACGGCCUCGUGGCACUGGUAUAAUCCAAAUUUAUGAAGUGUCGAGCGGCAAUCUUUCUCUUAUCAAAACCAUCGACAAGCCGAACCCCAUAAAGUGUGGGACGUUCAAGGCUUCGAGCCUUAGAACUCGUUAUUUGGCUACUGGAGAUUUUAAGGGAAAAUUGCAGCUCUACGAUUUGGAAAAGCCAUCAGAACCUGUAUACAGUGCGAAUGCACAUGGAGAAAUCAUCAAUGCAAUCGACGGCGUAGCCGGUGAUUCCAUCGGUUGCGGCGCUCCGGAAAUUCUUACAGGCUCGCGGGAGGGCAGCGUGAAGGUAUGGGACAUACGUCAGAAGGACCAACCGGUGGCAACGAUGGAGCCCGUAGUCGGAGGCUCGAGGCGCGAUUGUUGGACCGUCGCCUUUGGUAACUCGUACAACUGCGAAGAGCGUUGUGUAACCGCAGGUUUCGACAACGGUGAUAUUAAAAUGUUCGAUCUCCGUAUGAUGACUCUUAAGUGGGAGACCAAUCUUAAGAAUGGAGUCUGUUGCAUAGAGUUCGAUAGACGAGACGUUGCCAUGAAUAAGCUGGUCGCCACCACCCUUGAGUCUAAAUUAUUCUUGUUUGAUCUGAGGACUCAACACCCCACCAAGGGCUUUGCCUAUCUCACCGAGAAAGCACAUUCAUCGACAAUUUGGCUCGUUCGUCACCUUCCUCAAAAUAGAGAAAUUUGUGCAACUGCUGGUGGUAAUGGUUCCAUAAGUUUAUGGAAAUAUGAAUACCCAGAAAAGCGGUACAUAGAAGAUGCGGAGGGAAUCCAGGAGGGCGUAAUUGGGAGCUUAAAGCUCUUGCAGCAGAGUACUAUGUCCUCGCAGCCGGUGAACUCUCUGGACUGGAGUCCGGAUAAGCUUGGCCUUGCUGUUUGCACGUCCUUUGAUCAGUGCGUACGCGUUAUCAUUACCACCAAACUCAACCUCCAAUGAAUUAAUGAAGAUACGCGCCAUUUUUAAUUGACAUAAUCAGUGUGAAUUAGAGACAUCAAGCUAGUUCUGAUCUUGUCGACAAUUUUAGGAUUUCGGCUCUUUGGUUCGUGCAAUAAAUUCUUACAAUACUGCACGCGAGUCCUAAUCGUCUUAUUUUUAAGAAUGUCAGAGAUUUUCAAUCUAUUACUUUAAUUUUUAACU